GAGGAGGAUCCGCCCCCUCGAGGGCAGGUACAGUUGGCCGAGGCCCCGGGAGCCAGGAGCCGGGCAGGAGUCGCGCGCCGCCAAGGAGAAUGAGGCUCGCGGUCUGCGCAGUGCUGUGCGCAGGGGCCCUGGGGUUGUGUCUGGCUGUCCCUGAAAAAACUGUGAGAUGGUGCACUGUCUCAAGUCAUGAGGCCAAUAAGUGCUACAGCUUCCAUGACAACAUGAAUAAUGUCCUUUCAGUGGAUGGUCCUCAUGUCACCUGUGUGAAGAGAACCUCUUACCUUGAGUGCAUCAAGGCCAUUGUGGCAAACAAAGCAGAUGCUGUGAACAUCGAUGGAGGUUUGGUGUUUGAGGCAGGCCUGGCCCCCUACAACCUGAAGCCCGUCGCGGCAGAAUUCUACGGGUCAAAGGAUGAUCCACAAACUCACCAUUAUGUCGUAGCUGUGGUGAAGAAGGGCAGCGAUUUCCAGCUGAACCAGCUCCAAGGCAAGAAGUCCUGCCACACAGGCUUGGGAUGGUCUGCUGGGUGGAACAUCCCCAUCGGGAUACUUCUUCCCUCUGACUUGGUUGAAAAAGCAGCGGCUAAGUUCUUCGCGGGCAGCUGCGUCCCCUGUGCGGAUCAGACGGCUUUCCCCAAACUGUGCCAACUGUGUGCGGGGAAGGGGACCGACAAGUGUGCCUGCAACUCCCACGAACCGUACUUCGGCUACUCGGGGGCCUUCAAGUGUCUUCAGGACAGCGUGGGGGACGUGAGCUUCGUGAGGCACAUGACGGUGUUUGAGAACCUGCCUAACGAGGCUGACAGGGACGAGUAUGAGCUGCUCUGCAGGGACAACACCCGGGGGACUGUGGACGAGUACGAGAGGUGCCACCUGGCCCGGGUCCCUUCCCACGCCGUCGUGGCCCGAAGCAUGGACGGCAAGGAGGACUUGAUCUGGGAGCUUCUCAGCCUGGCCCAGGAGAAUUUUGGAAAAGACAAGUCAGCAGAAUUCCAGCUCUUCGGCUCUCCUCAUGGAAAGGACCUGCUGUUUACGGACGCCGCCCUUGGUUUUUUAAGAGUCCCACCUAAGAUGGACGCCAAGCUAUACCUGGGAUACGAGUAUUUUUCUGCCAUCCAGCAUCUAAUGAGUGACCUAGGGACAGAAGACCCCCAGAGGGUGAUGUGGUGCGCAGUGGGCCAGCACGAGAAGGCCAAAUGUGACGAGUGGAGUGCCCUGAGCGGUGGCGUCUUGAAGUGCACCGCGGAGGAGACCACCGAGGGCUGCAUCGCCGCCGUCGCGAAAGGAGAGGCUGAUGCCAUGAGCUUGGAUGGAGGCUUCAUCUACACAGCGGGCAAAUGUGGUCUGGUGCCUGUCCUGGCAGAGAACUACUUGUCUCAAGAUGGCAAAGAGCAGCUUGGGUCUAAGUGUGUGAACACACCUGUGGAAGGGCUGUGUCUGGCUGUCCCAGAGAAAACUGUGAGGUGGUGCACCGUUUCAAGUCAUGAGGCCAGUAAGUGCUCCAGUUUCCGCGAAAAUAUGGAUAACGUCCUUGUUACUGGUCCUUUUGUCUCCUGUGUGAGGAAGACCUCCUACAUCGAUUGCAUCAAGGCCAUCAUGGAAAAUGAAGCAGAUGCUGUGACGUUGGAUGGUGGUUUGGUAUUUGAGGCAGGCCUGAAGCCCUACAACCUGAAGCCUGUAGUGGCAGAGUUCUAUGGCCCCAAAGAUAAGCCGCAAACUAACUAUUUCGCUGUGGCCGUGGCGAAGAAGGGCACUGACUUCAAGCUGAACGAGCUCAAAGGCAAGAAGUCCUGCCACACAGGCCUUGGCAGAUCUGCUGGGUGGAACAUCCCCAUGGGCUUACUUUACUGGGACUUGCCUGACCCACAUGAAUCUCUUCAGAGAGCAGCGGCCAGUUUCUUCGCGGGCAGCUGCGUCCCCUGUGCGGAUCAGACGGCUUUCCCCAAACUGUGCCAACUGUGUGCAGGGAAGGGGACCGACAAGUGCGCCUGCUCCAACCACGAACCAUACUUCGGCUACUCGGGGGCCUUCAAGUGUCUGAUGGAAGACGCGGGGGAAGUGGCCUUUGUCAAGCACACCACGGUAUUGGAGAACCUGCCUGACGAGGCUGACAAGGACGAGUAUGAGCUGCUCUGCAGGGACAACACCCGGGGGACUGUGGACGAGUACGAGAGGUGCCACCUGGCCCGGGUCCCUUCCCACGCCGUCGUGGCCCGAAGCGUGGACGGCAAGGAGGACUUGAUCUGGGAGCUUCUUAACCAGGCCCAGGAACAUUUUGGCAGAGGUACCUCUGAAAGCUUCCAGCUCUUCAGCUCCCCUCAUGGGAAGGACCUGCUGUUUAAGGACUCUGCCAAUGGGUUUUUAAAGAUUCCUCCUAAGAUGGACUCCUGGCUGUACCUGGGAUAUGAGUACGUCACUGCUCUUCGGAAUCUAAGAGAAGAUACACGCCCAGUCACCUCAAAGGAUGAAUGCAAGAAGGUGAAGUGGUGUGCAGUGCACCACCUGGAGAGGGUCAAGUGUGAUAUGUGGAGUGUGAACAGUAACGGGAAAAUAGAGUGUGAAUCAGCAGAGAACACUGAAGAAUGCAUCGCCAAGAUAAUGAAAGGAGAAGCUGAUGCCAUGAGCUUGGAUGGAGGCUACAUCUACAUAGCAGGCAAAUGUGGUCUGGUACCUGUCAUGGCAGAGAACUACAAAAAUGAGGGCCAAGAUUGUAAAAAUACACCACAGCCAGGGUACCUCGCUGUGGCUGUGGUUAAGAAAUCAGAUGCUGAUAUCAACUGGAACAAUCUGAAAGGCAAGAAGUCCUGCCACACUGGAGUAGACAGAACCGCUGGCUGGAACAUCCCCAUGGGUCUGCUCUACAAUGAGAUUAACCACUGUGAAUUUGAUAAAUUUUUCAGUGAAGGCUGUGCCCCUGGGUCUCUGCGAAAUUCCAGUCUCUGUGCUCUGUGCAUUGGCUCAGACGGUGUUCCGGGAAGGGAGUGUCUUCCCAGCAACCAUGAGAGAUACUAUGGCUAUACAGGGGCUUUCAGGUGUCUGGUUGAGAAGGGAGACGUGGCCUUUGUGAAGGACCAGACUGUCAAAGAGAACACUGGUGGUAAUAACCCUGAAGCAUGGGCAAAUACACUGCAGGAGAAUGAUUUUGAGCUGUUGUGCACCGACGGAACCAGGAAGCCUGUGCAGGACGCUGAAGAUUGCUUCCUGGCCCGAGCCCCGAGUCAUGCUGUGGUCUCACGGGAAGAUAAGGCAGCUUGUGUUCGCGAAAUAUUAAACACACAGCAGGAUGAAUUUGGAAAAAAUGGAAAUGACUGCUCGAGCAGUUUUUGUUUGUUCCACUCAGAAACCAAGGACCUUCUGUUCAGGAGUGACACUAAAUGUUUGGCUCCACUUCAGGAGGCAACAACUUAUGAAACCUACUUAGGAUUUGAAUAUGUCACAGCUGUGGCUAAUCUGAGACAAUGCUCAACCUCAAAACUCCUGGAAGCCUGCAGUUUCCACAGAGUUUAAAAUCCAAGAGUGGGGUCACCACCUGAUGGAGAUGGGAGCUCACUGGACCCAUAAGCUUCCCGUGGUUUUGCUGGUCUGAGUGGUUUGGUUGCCUUCAGUUUGGUGGUGGCACCUCUGCGGGACAAAAUAAAAAUAAA